CUAAAACUAAGAGUACCGAACUGACAAAAGUGCCCACCACCAUAUGUGUAUUCACAAAAUGCCCAUAUAAUUUCAAGUGCAUCAAUUUACUGUGCACUCACUCAGCUCAGGACUGCGAGAGCUGAAGAAGCUCAGCCGUUGUUGCCGUGCAAGAUAGCAGCGCGGUCGUCCGUACAGUCCGUACCCCUCCUCGGGAUUCCCAAUGAAAACCCUGAUUUCCCACUUCACCAUCAAUUUUUUGAAUCCUCAAUCCUCGCCGUCGGCCUUCAUCUUCCAUUUUCCGUCACCUUCUCGGGAAAACCAGAACUUUCUUCACGUUUCUCGCAGAAAAUGGUCUUGCAAUCCCGGAACGGUCAGAGCUCGGUGUGCUUCUGACUCUUACGGCGGGUGGGAUGACUUCACACUCGCCGGCGACCCGGGUCCCUCUGGUGUUGGUGAAGUGAGCUUAAUUGGAGAUAAGAGAAGGGGAAAGGAAGAAAAUUUAAUUGCUAAUUCUGAUAAAUUGAGGAAAUUGGUGGAAAUUUUCGACGAUUUCCAUGUUGAAGUUGGUAAUUUGAAGUAUGAUAUACAGAAAGCUAUUGAUUCGAGAGAAAUUACAGUUACUGAUUUGGGAAGAUAUGUAAAGGUCAUUGAAAGUAUUAGUUUGUCGGUGUCGAAUGCUAGGAAUGUUACUGAUGAGUCUGUUAAAAAUUUGGGCAAGUUCAGUGCUGAGUUAGCUGAGAGCAAAAAGGCGAGUAAAAGAAAGAAAGAGCCCGUUGGGAUUGGAUACGAGUUGUUCCAGUACAUCGGAGGUUUAUUCAAAGACAAAUUGGCUGAUUCGAAGUCUGGUAGAGUGAAAAACAAUGUUAAGCGAGAGACUACGGAGAAAGUGAUGGAUGAUCAAGCUCGAGGGAAUGAUCCAGUGCCUUCUGUUAAAGGAGUGGUUCUCGGUUCUGUUCAUUCUCAAGAAGUGUUUAAUAAGUCUGGUUUUGAUGAGGCUGGAUAUGGAAGAAUCAACGUUGCUUUUGAAAAUAAUACGUUGAGUUCAGAGGAGGUGGAUGGGGGUCCUAACAGAUCUACAUCUGGAAAAGAGUUUAAUUACCAGAAUAAUGGAUUGCAAUUCACGAGCAACAGUCACGUGUCUUUGAAGAUGGAUCGUAAUAAUCACACUGAAACGUGGGAAUCCCCUGAAAGUCUACUUGAUUCUGUAGAUUUCGGUGUCAGAACGAAACAGAUGGACAAUAAAGCUUCCUUUGUACAAGAACAAAUGCUGAAGCAAUCUAAUGGGGUUUACAGACCACCUAAUAUCAGGGAAAAAAAUGUGAAUGGAACUUAUGAGUCUCAUAGUAGAGAAGAGCAUGUAAAUCGCAAUGAUCAUUCUCAUUUGGCUGAUCACCUGUCUGGACAUGAGAGUGAACUACCUUCCCUUUCAUCUUCGUUGGUUUCGGAUGAUAUAUUGUUUGAUAGGUAUGUUACGGAAGCUAAUGAUCUUCUAAAACAAGCCAAGGAAUUUGUAAGGGUCGGACACAAUGAAGAGCGUGCAGAGAUAGUAUUGUACAGGUCAGCCAAGUUGCUGUCCAAAGCCAUAUCUAUGAAGCCCAUGAGUUUGCUGGCAGUGGGCCAGCUGGGCAACACUUGCCUUCUUCAUGGAGAAUUAAAAUUAAGGAUUAGUCGCGAGUUGAGAAUGCACCUUUCGAGAAGUGACCCCUUAUCUGUUGAGAAAUGGAUUAGAAUUCAGGAUAAAGUCACCAGUAAAGAUGAAAUUGCAUCACUCCUCAUUAUUGUAUAG